GUAGAGAGGCUCUUGGCCUCUAUCUCCAGCCUCUUUUUCGUUUUUUCUGCGACAUCACGACAGAGAAAUGUGUAGGGUUCUGUGAUAUCUUUUUUGUCCUCGGCACGCAACACCUUCGCCCCACUUCUUUUCUACGGAAAGAGACGAGAUCGACGAGCCCAUCUCUUCCCCUCCCUCCACCUUCUCACUCUCUCUCCCUCUGGGUCGCCCUCGCAACGUCCAACCGCCAAAAGAAAGGCUUGAUAGAUCCCAUCGGCCCCCUUCGCCACCAAAUCCCCAUCGUCGUCAUCGCCAACCAGAAGCCCACAUCCGAUCCUCUUCCCUUCCUACACCUAUCUCUUUAUCCUCCCAUCUCUCCCCAACUCCCCCCCCCCCCCCCGGCCGCGAGAGAGAUAGAGAGGAGAGGGCAAUCGAAAUGGGCAACGCCUCGUCGAUGCUGACCCAAUACGAUAUAGAGGAAGUCCAGGAGCACUGCAACUAUCUCUUCUCGCUGCAAGAGAUAGUCUCCCUCUACCAGAGAUUCUGCCAGCUGGACCGUAACGCCAAGGGAUUCAUCUCUGCCGACGAGUUCCUCUCCAUCCCCGAAUUCGCCCUCAACCCCUUCUCCCAGAGGUUGCUAAAGAUGGUCGAUGGAUUGAACUUUAAGGACUUUGUGGCAUUUCUUUCAACAUUCAGCUCGAAAGCCACCCUCGAGCAGAAGAUAGAAUUGAUAUUUAAGGUGUAUGACAUUGAUGGUAAGGGAAAAGUGACUUUCAAAGACUUGUUGGAGGUGCUUCGUGAUUUGACAGGAUCUUUCAUGUCUGAGGAGCAGAGAGAGAAAGUUCUGAGCCAGGUAUUGGAGGAGGCUGGUUACUCAAGAAAUUGUUCACUUUUGUUGGAAGAUUUUGUUAAGAUUCUUGGCAAACCUGGCUUGAAAAUGGAAGUGGAAGUGCCAGUUGACUAGAUAUUGCCGGACUUUGUACAGAGGCUUCAAUCAAAUACAGGAUCAUCCUUGUUCAACAACUUCAAGACUAAGAAAUAAAAUGCUUAAUUUUUGCUCUUGAAUAAGAUUUUUGAUGUGUUAUAAAUAGAAAAAAUAUAAAUUUUGGCUUACCUUCCUCGAGCUUUUUUAAUUUGGUUAGCAUGUUAUAUUCUCAUAAUGUCAUAUGCGUGUCAAACUGUAACACAGAACCGAAGUAGUUUUUUUGAGCAAUCAAGAUGGGGGUAGUUUUGAGAUUGA